AUGACCUCAACAGCCGCCACCAUGCCUGCACAACGAGGCAAUCGCCCGAUCAAAAUUAUGGUCAUCAACCCCAACGUAUCCACGGAGAUGACAGACGCUCUGAAGCCGAUCAUCGAGCAGCUCAACUACUCUGAUGUCGAGUGGGGGUUCUACACAUCCCCGAGGGAAAUCCAUUACUACGACCCAAACAGCCCGGAGUUCCCCAUCGACAGCAUCAAUAACUCGGUGGAUUCGGCCAAAACAGCUUGGGUCUGCCGAAACACGGUUCAAUACAUUCCGGAUUAUGAUGCUUUCCUGGUCGCCUGCUAUUCGGCCCACCCCUUGGUGGGGAUCUUGAGGAAGGCAAUCGCAGAGUAUGAGAUGAAGCAUACCAACCAUCGGCACCGCUAUGUGACUGGCAUCUUUGAAGCCAGCAUUACCACCUCUCUCUCCCUGGUGAGCGCAUUCAACAUUAGCAGCGUCAUCUACGCACGGGAGCAGGUUCCAGACUCUUUCGGCAUCGUGACUACCGGCAGCGCAUGGAAGGAAGAGCUCACCAACGCGGUCACAGAAAUGCUCGUUGGAAAUGGCCAAAAACCCCCUGCGUGCUUUGCAGGUGUCGAGACAACCGGGCUUUCCGCUAUUGAGCUGCACAAGACGGACCCUGAGGAGGUGAGGCGUCGGAUCUGUGAAGCUACCGUCAGACUGCUUGAGAAUGCGCCACACUUUGUCAGUGCAGUCUGCCUGGGCUGCGCCGGCAUGGUAGGCAUGGAGGAGGCCGUGAGAUCGGGGUGCAUUCAAGCAUAUGGCAAGAAAGAAGGCCGCCAAGUGAGAAUCGUUGAUGGUGUGGUGGCAGGCGCUCGACAGCUUGCAGACCAUUGCAGAUCGGGCUGGCCCCGGGAGGUCAAGAAGGAUAUGAGACAUGAUUUUUUGCCUACAACCAGAUUUAGCCUUCACUUCUGUACCACUAGCAAAACAAAGCAUAAUAUUGAGCUUGCUGUGAUUAACUUGUCUCUCGCUGAGUGCCCAGUGUUGACGUCCCACUCUAUAUUGGUGCCUGAGGCUGCGCACUGCCAGCCAAAAAGUUUCCCCGCGCCAACGCGGGAAAUCAUUACGAUCCAAGCCGGCCAGUGCGGCAACAACGUCGGCAGUCAAUUCUGGCAACAGCUGUGCCUGGAGCACGGUAUCAGCCAAGAUGGGAACUUGGAGGAGUUUGCGACCGAGGGCGGAGAUCGGAAGGAUGUGUUCUUUUACCAGAGUGACGACACCCGAUACAUUCCCCGAGCGAUCCUCCUCGACUUAGAGCCUAGGGUUCUUCAUGGAAUUCAAUCCGGUCCCUACCGCAACAUCUACAACCCCGAGAACUUCUUUAUCGGACAAAACGGUGUCGGUGCUGGAAACAAUUGGGGUGCUGGAUACGCGGCAGGAGAGGGUGUACAGGAGGAAAUAUUUGACAUGAUCGACCGAGAAGCGGAUGGCAGUGAUUCACUGGAGGGUUUCAUGCUCCUUCACUCGAUUGCUGGAGGCACAGGCUCUGGACUGGGAAGUUUUCUCUUGGAACGAAUGAAUGACCGCUUCCCGAAGAAGCUGAUCCAGACAUACUCUGUCUUCCCGGAUAUGCAAACGACAGAUGUGGUCGUCAACCCUUACAACAGUCUGCUUUCCAUGCGACGACUGACACAAGAUGCGGACUCUGUGGUCGUUCUGGACAAUGGUGCUCUGUCGCGAAUUGCUGCCGAUCGACUCCACGUAAGACCGGACUCUUUUGAUAAUAACAAUUUCGAUCAGACUAACCAGCUGGUGUCCACGGUGAUGUCGGCAUCAACCACCACCCUGCGCUAUCCAGGCUACAUGCACAAUGACCUCGCAGGAAUUGUUGCCUCGCUCAUUCCCACCCCCGCUGCCACUUCCUGCUCACCUCCUAUACCCCCUUUACCGGCGACAGCAUCGACCAAGCCAAAACGCAAAUCCAGCUGCUACAUCAGUAUCCUCAACAUGAUUCAAGGCGAAGCAGACCCCACCGACGUCCACAAGUCCCUGCUGCGCAUUCGCGAACGCCGCCUCGCCUCGUUCAUCCCCUGGGGCCCAGCCAGCAUCCAGGUUGCGCUGACGAAGAAAUCGCCGUACCUGCAGCACGCGCACCGAGUCAGUGGACUCAUGUUGGCGAACCACACCUCCGUGGCGACCCUAUUCAAGCGGGUCAUCCAGCAGUACGACCGGCUGCGCAAGCGCAACGCCUUCUUGGAGCCGUAUAAAAAGGAGGCGCCUUUCGCAGAUGGCCUGGGCGAGUUCGACGAAGCAAAGGCGGUGGUGAUGGAUCUUGUGGCCGAGUACGAGGCCGCCGAGCGCGAGGAUUACCUGGACCCCGGCGCCGGGGCGGAGAAGGAGAUUGGGGCCUGA